AUGUCACUCAAGUCUAUCUUGCGCUCUGCCUAUCCCUGGACCAAGAGCCCCUUUAUAGCAUCUGCCCCAAUGCUCAACAUUGCCAUGCCCUCACUCGCAGUGUCUGUUUCAUCUGCCGGAGGACUUGGCUUCCUGGCUGCCGGAUUCGACGUUUCGAACCUCGAGCUCAAUCUGGAAGAAACCGCCCGCCUCGUAAGAGAGCAAUCAGGAUCUCCUAUGCACAAAUUUUCCGAUGACCUGGGCAUUCUCCCUGUUGGUGUUGGGUUUUUGAUCUGGGGAGCCGACCUCUCACUGUCAGUGGCUGCUGUUGAGAAAUACAAGCCAUGUGCUGUGUGGCUCUUUGGCCCCGAGUCCCAGCCCGAUGAUCUGGUGUCGUGGGUAGAGCGAGUGCGGACUGUGACGUCGGGUAAGACCCAGAUUUGGGUACAGGUUGGCUCUGUGGCCGAAGCCACCACUGUGACCAAGGCGCUGGAUCCGGACGUACUCGUCGUCCAGGGCUCAGAUGCUGGUGGACACGGGUUAGCCCGCUCAGCCUCUGUUCUCACCUUGGUACCUGAGGUGCGAGACGCGUUACACCAUCGUCGUAUUCCCAUUCUGGCGGCUGGUGGAAUUGUUGAUGGACGGGGCGUUGCUGCGUCUCUUGCCUUGGGGUCUGAAGGUGUAGUUAUGGGCACUCGUUUCCUUGCUUCCUUGGAGGCGAAUAUUGCUCGUGGCUAUCAGGCGGAGAUUUUGCGCGUUUCCGAUGGCGGCAUCAGCACUGUUCGGUCCACGGUCUACGAUCGGGUGAGGGGAAUUGGUGGCUGGCCAACUCGAUAUGAUGGGCGUGGGGUCAUCAAUGAUAGCUAUGUUGACGCGGUAGAAAGGGGGUUGAGUGACGAGGAAAAUAAACGACGGUAUGAGGAAGAGCUGACAAAGGGGGACUCCGGAUGGGGACCCAGUGGCAGACUGACGACAUAUGCCGGAACAGGUGUCGGAUUGGUCAAGGAAAAUUUGUCUGCAGCAGCUAUUAUUGAGGGGGUUCUUCUGGAAGCAAAUAAGGUCAUUAUGGAAAUGUCUUGA